AUGAAGAAGCCUACCUUUCCAAGGAGGUUAUACACAAGAGGGGCUGAACCGGAAGCCCAAAAGAGCAUCUCCUACGGCAGCAACGACAAAAAGCUAUUUGCUGCCGUGAAAAAACUACUGAGUGAUGCCGAGUGGGAAACACUAUGCGACUCGCGAGUUGGUGUCUUCUGCAAGUUUCACGACCUCGACUUCGCGUGGUCUUCGAAGUUGGUCCACACGAUGCUCUCAUAUCAGUUAGAGUGCAAGAAGAAGUAUGAGAUCUGGGUUGCGGUUGCGGAUAGCCCAAUUAGAUUUUCCCUCCAUGAGUUUGAGCAUCUCACCGGCCUCAACUGCGACUAUGUGGAAGAUAUUGAUGACCCCAAGUGCAAGGUUACUCUAGAGAUGAGAGCAUUCUGGGAGAAGCUCGGAGUAGAUGUUGAGCUUGGUCCGAGUCAAGUGGAGAUCAUUCGUGCAUGCGAAUGGGCAACAGACUGGCCGAGUGAGGACAAACUUAGGCUUGGUUACUUGGCCAUCUACACUGGCUUCAUUGCUGCUCGGAAAAACACCUCGCACACUCCUGUCAACCUGGCCAGAUUAGUGAUGGAUGAAGAGGAGUUUGAGAAUUAUCCGUGGGGGCGUGUAGCUUUCAAGAACCUGAUCGAAGCCGUCAAAGAAGCAGAGCUAUGGAAGUCCGGGUAUGUCCUGGAUGGGUUUGUUGAGGCUCUACAAGUAUGGGCAUAUCGUUUCAUGCCUGAAUUCGGAGCGGGUUGUGGUGCGCCCAUACGAAACGCUCCUGACAUUCCGCUCUUGUCCUACAAAGGAGUCCAGGGUCUAAGGAACAUUGAACUCACGAUACUGAAGCUACGAUACAUAGACCAUUUUGGUAGACCAUUAUGGUAG